CAAACUUUUAAAAAUACUUUUUGUUUACAUAGCAGGUGGCCUGACGUCACACGGGGUCGCAGUACGCCCAAAAAUAACAACACACCUUCCGCGCACAAGCAAGUGCCUCCCCUGGGGGGUUUCUAGUCCCAAAUAUACUUGCUUGCUGGGAUACAGCUUGAUGUGUGUUUGAAUCGUAACGAAAAAAACAAGCCGCUUCUUCCUCGCAUUGCGCGUCAUUCAAACAGGACUAAGUGUACUGCUUUUCCCUCUGUUGCAUUAGUAAUAACAGCGGCGUUGACGGGAGACAGCAGGAGAGAGAGUGUGUGUGUGUCUCCGACAGCGGUGCCCAGCGGAGGAAUAUUUGAGCUUUUUAUUUACUCUGCAGCUUGUUGUUCAUUUUCUCUGCGUUAUGGUGAACUUGGACAGUCACGUGUGAAGAUCUCUGCAAGUAUAGAGGACGGCGACUUCUCACCUGGUGUGUCCCUUUGACUUUACCGUGAGGGAAAUAAACCUGCCAUUUUUUGUGAGAUAACUGACAUCGCUGGACUCCUUCCAUUCCUGUGACGGACAACAACAGCAAGUUCUCUCCCUUAGGGAUGAAAUAUGCACCUGCACACUCUGCGCCCAUAGAAAAAAGCAGACGACACACACUGUAAAGUCCAAAGUGGUUUUAAAUCAUGAUGAUGCAGGAGUCGGCCACAGAGACAAUAAGCAACAGUUCAAUGAGUCAAAAUGGAAUGAGCACCCUAAGCAGCAGCCAAUUAGAGGCUGGCAGUAGAGAUGGGAGAUCAAGCGCUGGUGACACGAGCAGCGAAGUAAGCACAGUCGAGCUGCUGCAUCUGCAACAACAGCAGGCCCUACAAGCAGCGAGGCAAUUACUCUUGCAGCAGCCAGGCAGUGGCCUGAAAUCUCCAAAGAGCCAGGACAAGCAGCGUCCACUGCAGGUUCCAGUGUCAGUGGCCAUGAUGAGUCCCCAGGUGAUCACGCCGCAACAGAUGCAGCAGAUCCUUCAGCAGCAGGUGCUUUCCCCCCAGCAGCUCCAGGCCCUGCUCCAGCAGCAGCAGGCUGUUAUGCUACAGCAGCAACACCUGCAGGAGUUUUAUAAGAAACAACAGGAGCAGCUUCAUCUGCAGCUUCUCCAGCAGCAGCACCCUGGCAAGCAGGCUAAAGAGCAACAGCAGCAGCAGCAGCAGCUGGCCGCCCAGCAGCUCGUCUUCCAGCAGCAGCUCCUGCAGAUGCAGCAGCUCCAGCAGCAGCAGCACCUGCUCAACAUGCAGCGGCAGGGCCUGCUCUCGCUGCCCGGGCCCGCUCCCGGCCAAGCCGCCCUGCCCGGACAGACCCUGCCCCCGCCAGCCGGCCUGAGCCCUGCGGAGCUACAGCAGCUGUGGAAGGACGUGACCGGAGGUGGCGGCGGCGGCGGCCACAGCAUGGAGGACAACGGCAUCAAACACAGCGGCGGCGGCGGCACCGGCAGCACUGGCACAGGCGGGGGUGGCGGUGGUGGUUUAGAUCUCUCCACGAACAACUCCUCUUCAACUACCUCCUCCUCCAAUCCCGCCAAAGCAUCGCCGCCCAUUUCUCACCAUUCCAUCGCCAACGGACAGUCCCCCGCCCUCAACCACAGAAGAGAGAGGGAAAGGGAACGGGAAAGGGAGCGAGAGAGUUCACUACAUGAAGAAAGUGGAGGGACCCACCCCCUGUACGGUCACGGUGUGUGCAAGUGGCCAGGCUGUGAGAACAUCUGCGAGGACUUUGGACAGUUUUUGAAGCAUCUAAACAGUGAACAUGCCCUCGAUGAUCGGAGCACAGCUCAGUGUAGAGUCCAGAUGCAAGUCGUACAGCAGCUGGAAAUACAACUUUCUAAAGAACGCGAGCGUCUUCAGGCGAUGAUGACCCACUUGCACAUGCGGCCCUCAGAACCUAAGUCAUCUCCCAAACCACUCAACUUGGUGUCCAGCGUCACCAUGUCCAAGAACCUGCCCUCAGCAUCGCCCCCCAACUUACCUCAGACGCCCACCACGCCCACAGCACCUAUCACACCCAUGGCCGCCAUGCCCCAGGUGCCGUCAGUACUGGGAGGAGCUAACGUCCCCAGCAUGGGAGCCAUGCGCAGACGCCACUCGGACAAAUACUCCAUGCCUCUGUCGUCAGGUGGUGACACAGUAUUUAUUUUUCCAGAGAUUGCCCCAAACUACGAGUUUUAUAAGAACGCAGAUGUCAGACCGCCAUUUACUUAUGCAACCCUCAUAAGACAGGCUAUCAUGGACUCUGCCGACAUGCAGUUAACGCUUAAUGAAAUCUACAGCUGGUUCACACGCACGUUCGCCUACUUCAGACGCAAUGCUGCGACUUGGAAGAAUGCCGUUCGCCACAACCUCAGCCUGCACAAGUGCUUUGUGCGCGUGGAGAACGUGAAGGGGGCGGUGUGGACGGUAGAUGAGGUGGAGUACCAGAAACGCAGGUCACAGAAGAUCACAGGAAGCCCAUCACUCGUCAAGAACUUGCCCUCCAGUCUUGGCUAUGGAACUGCACUAAACGCUAGCUUACAGGCUGCCCUGGCAGAGACCUCCCUGCCUUUACUGGGGACUCCUGGUCUCAUGAACAGCGGCUCCACGGGCCCGAUGGGAGGCAGCUGUCACGGCCUCCUGGGCGGAGACCCGUCCGGACUGACGGGCGGAAGUCCACCUGGACUGUUGGGCGGGAGCCCACCGGGACUGCUGGGCGGCAGCCCCCCAGGUACGCUGAGCGGCAGCCCCCCGACCCUGUUGCAGUCUGCCCACGAGGAGCUCAACGGCUCGCUCGACCACCUGGACACCAACGGACACAGCAGCCCCGGAUACUCUCCACCAGUACACAUGUGUUUUCCAGUUUCUUUAAAUUUUUCACAUGACAAACUUAAGUGGCCACCCGUUCACGUGAAGGAGGAGCCACUCAACAUGGAUGACGACGACUGUCCGAUGUCACUGGUGACGACAGCCAAUCACAGUCCAGAGCUGGAGGAGGACCGGGAGCUGGAGGAAGGGAACUUAUCAGAAGACCUCGAGUGACUAGGAUACAGUUUUUGGCCGACGUAUCCCUUCACCCAGCCGCACUGUUUCUCUCACACAGACCUCCUGCAAGACUAGAAACCACUCCACAAGUCCAAGCAACUACAGCUGACUCUCCUCUUUGUCUCUCUCACCACUGGGACUAUUUAUUGAGCAUGCAUCCGGAUGGAGACCGGUCCAAAGGAACUCUUUGUUGCAGCCCUUUGGGAUCCCCAAACAUGACAGGCAUGAGAUGUCUGAUUAAAAAAAUUAAACUCUUUGAGACCUAUUUCAUUAGAGAUGGUGUGGCCACAUAACAGUACAAGGAUGAUGGACUCAUGGAUGGGGAAAAAAACCAUGAAACAAAUGAGCAAGUCAUGUUCCGUUGAAAGCUAGCGGCCUCAUAUACUGCCAAAAAGGAAGACGUUUUAUGUUUGUGAAUAAUCCAACCCACAGUAGUUGUUAAUGUCUAGAGACAAUUGCUGGUUCAAUUCAAGUUGUUGCUCUGUUAUCAUUUGCACAGGAGUAGUCUCAGAAAUUUGUGUCACUGCCUGUAUGUUGCUACUAUUAUAAAAACCAGUAUAUUAUUUUCAGCUUUUUUUUAACCAUCGUUAAUUUCCAAAUAUGAUUUUAGACACCACCAACUGUAAAUGCCAUUCCCUGAAUUACACCAGUAAUGGAACUGCGGUACCAAGAAAAAAAGGAAAAAAAAAAAGAAAGAAAAAAAGUUGGCUUCCAGUCUAAUAUCUGUUUGUGAUUAAAAGUAAAAAAAAAACUGGAAAUUAAGUUGGGGAAAAAAUAGUUUGUGUAAAGCACCAUUUACAAAACAAAUGCAUUUCUGCAUAAUUUUCUUCUUGCUGUUCUCCUUACCUCCUCGUUCUAAAGCUUUGUCUACCUGCAAACAGUCACAGGCAACAGCUAGAAACCAAAGCCAACACUAGCAAUGGCCAAUAGCUUAUAGACAGAAGCCACCAAACUCCUCUUGGUCCGCCUUCUGUGACUUUAAACUAGUACAAAGAGAAGCUUUCGUUCCGCAAACUACCUUCGAAUAACCUCUGGGACUGUUUCAUUUUGCCCUAUACAAAGAUGAUCACGAGAAAGAGAGAUGGGGAAGCAAAUGCUGAUUUUGAUGUGUAAUUUGAUAAACUCGUAGUAGAGCGUUCCACUUUGGAGAUUUUCUGCCAGACAGACGUACUGUAGGUAAAAGGUGAUGUGAUAUUUGAACUGCAGGCAUUUAGUGCUGGUGAUUUGACUGAUAGAGAGCAGCUAACUGUAAAAGUGGAUCAUGACCAAAACAAAACAUUUGUGUAUUCAAUGGAAGUGCAGAACACAUUGUGUUUUUGUGAAGUUUAUUUUAUUUUUUACUUUUUGUUACGCAUUACACAUCAAAACUCUUUUUUUUCUUCAAAAUCAUUCUAAAUUUUUUUUCUAACCUGGUGAAUAUGUAAUGUUCUAAGUGGGACUGUCAAAAUAAUGUCACGUCUUAUUUCCGUGGCGGUUUUGUUCUGAGCCGCGUCGAAACCGAAACUGAAAACAUCGUUAACCAAACAUUAAAAAUAUCUAGUGAAGCCAAAUAAGUCAUGAUUUCAAGUUGAUAUGAAAUGAUGUGGCUUGGUUACCAUGUAAAAGCAAAUAAUAAUAGCCAUUGCAGAAGAGGAUAUCUAAGGUGAAAGGUAACCUUUUCUAGGUGAUAUUUGCUUUAACUUCAUCAAAACAUCCAAUACUCAUUGUGUGCUUCAUAGCUUCUAAACUAUAUAGAUACAACUGGUGAUAGCACAGAUGUACUCUGUAUAGGUAGCCAGCUUUUUAUAACACACUUUGGUAUUUAUAGAGACUAAAGAGAAGUAGUUAUUGUGGCGACUACGUCCCAUCAUUUCCCUCACAGCCAAUGUCAUCUAGAAAAGUGUUGUUGCUUUAAUGGUCAUUUCUGUUUUCAGUAAACCAAAGUUACACAAAAUUCUGCCUCCUCUUGUAUGGGAUAAAGAAAUGCUAAAACAACCGCACACAACCUGUCAGAGACUAUGACGCGAGAACACACAGACAUAAACACACACACACACACACAGAGCCUAGCUUUUGGUCUGCCAGCGUUCUUGUUUCGGUUAAAUCUCCAGCUGCAGUAAAUGUACGCUGUCAAAGAACCGACGAGUGGCUUUGUAUCGUGCUGUAAUGAGCAAACGCGUCUGCUUGCUUUGACCAAAAUGGAAACACACUGUGCAUAUGUUGUUUUCAAGUGUUGUGCCAAGCCAAGAAAUUGGCUGUAAGAGCUUAACAGGCAGACACGUGCAGUACUGUACAAACACGCAGCAUGUAAAGCGCGUGCACGCACACACACACACACACACACACACACACCAGUUCCACGUCAAGAGGGUACUGGGCCCAGGAACAAAGCUUAUCCCUUCAAUACUUAGCUGGAGUCAGCAAAACGACUUGAAGACGACGUUCUUAAUAAUCUUAUCACACCAAAUAAAAGGGACGCUACGUCUUUCAAAAAAAAAAAAAAAAGGGUUCUCCCACUUACCCAAAAAGGCUUUCUAAAAGCUUCUACCUCUGCACAACAAAUUCAGAACAAUUAUGACAGAUUGCACGAGUUAUUAGAACGCCACAAGAGUUGUUACACUUUACUACGCUUGUCUCAUAGGACGUGGCUCAAACCAACGUUUACAUUCCCUGCGUCAAGAUAUGGAAGAUUUGCAUUGUAAUAGGUUGUCCUCAAACAUUUGUAGAAUGAUAAUGUAUAGAUUACCUGUAAGGGAAUAUUGUGUUUAAAAAAUGCAUGUCUAAAAAUCAUUUGGUGGACUGGAAACAAGAACUAAUAAAAAGAAUAUAAUAAAAAUCAUCGGGACGAUGGCCUAAAUGUACGUACAUUACCUCAGAUAUACUGUUUUGGGAAGGAUAAAACCUGUCAGCCACAGAAUGCAUAUUACCUGUAGAUUUGCAUGGGUUUUGUAUAAAUUAAGUAAAAAAAUGUCUAAAAUAGUUGCUUGCACAUAAUACCAGAAAGACCUCCAGAACUGCGAUCUGCUCCUCCACUAGAUUUUAGGAUUGUCUGGAUUUUCUGGGUUGAUUUUGUCUGUAUUUUGAUAACUGUGCAUACUUAUGUAAAAAAAAAUGUUGGUGGACCCAUAAAUUUACCAGACUUUUUUCUAAGAGGAAAAAAAAAUCUCAGUGUUUCUUUUCUGACUUACCUGAAUUUUUACUGUUUCUCUCUCAUUGCUCGCUAAGAAUAGCAAACCUGCUUUUUCUGCAUCUGCUUUGCGUAGCUGUAAGGCUUAACCUAAUGUGUGUAUUUAUUGCUUGUACCUCUGUGCAUACUUUAUGAAGCAUUAUGUCUGGCAGUUGAGUCAUGUAUCCUUUCUACUGCUAUCCUUCUCUAAUAAUUGGGAAUAUGAUCCCCCUAUGUAUACAGUAAAUUGGGACUGUAGCAAACAUAUGUUUAUGUAAUUGGUGAAAACUUUUUUUUGUUUCAUUUCCUUUUGAUCGAGAUUCAACUACUUUUUUUGAUACUUUUCAUUACUGUGUACUGUGUCCAUACGUUAAAGGUUCUCUGACAUUAGAAGGUCAUGGUUGAGAAUUGUAACAAACGUUAUUAUUUUCUGUAUUCAUGGCAUUUCACUGCUGAAUAAAAUAAAGGACCAAAACUUGGAAUUUGAAAAACAA